CGACGCCGUGUUCUCAAGUGUUUUCAGCCACAUCGACAUCCUCACUGAAGCCUGCGUCUACGGUCCAGUGUUCAGGAGGGAUCAACGGCUUGUCCAGGACGUCCAAACAUAUGUGGAGCAGCUGGGGGAAGAGUGUUCAGCCAAUGUCGCCGUUUUAAGUGAUAACAGGGACGAGCAGUUUCCCCGGACGUGUGCUCUGGCGUUUCUCGUCCGCCUGGAUCCCUUUAAUCUGCCGCAGCAUCAAAGGCUCAUAGAGGAAGUCGUUCUGGAUUUGUUGAAAAAGGAUAAUGACAUAUCAAAGUCAAAAGUGCGUUACUAUAGCAACUCCCUGCAACAUCGAGUCAAAAACAGAGCAUGGCAAACGUUGCUGCUGCUGCUGCCCAAACUCAAAGAGGAGUUUAUUGCCUCUUCAGUAAAGCGCAUGUUUGAAGCUGGAUUCUGCAGCAACCAGGCCUCAGUCAAAUACCUGAUGGAGUGGAUGAUGAUCCUGAUCCUCGUCAAACAUCCUCGACACAUGGAACACUUCUGGGACUGCUUCAGCAUGGAUCAUGAAAAGACAAAGACGAGCGUCUGCACCUUCCUGUCGGUGCUCGUACAUUUCAACGUCAUCCUUCCCCUUCUCACGCAGAAGGCUGCACAGUUGCGUAAAGCGCUCGACAUCAUCCUGCAGUGGUGUUUCAACCACAACUUCAGCGUGCGUCUGUACGCCUUGCUGGCCCUGAAGAGGGUGUGGAGCCUGGCUAACGAGGUCAUGGCGGAGGAAGGGGACUGUGGUUUGGGAGGUCUGUCCACUGUGAUCCAGGCCUGUUUGAACCAGGCUGAGGCCAUGCAGAACACCGGAAAUGCCAACAAGAACUGGUUGAGGAUUCAGGAGCACUUCUUCUUCGGUGCCUUUCAUCCGAUCAGGGAUCACAGCGUCGAGACCAUAUUCUGUACGUUCCCCAGUCUGUCAGAGGUGGCUGACGAUGAAUGGAUUCCACCCUGGAAGUUUGAGGAGCAUCCGGGUUUCUCUGACACUUUAUCUUUAUGUUUGAGGAACCCUUCUCCGGACCUGAGCCGGCUGCAGCCUGGAGACUGGAUCCAGCAAGACAAAGGUGAGCAGAAUAAGGAGGACCGCUGGGCCGAGGUGCAGAAGAAGAUCACUCCCUGGAGGUUGGGGAUCCAGGAGCAGGAGCCUGAACUUCAGCUGGUUCCCCAGCAGAGGGCGGCUCGUCUGGGCAAACUGCACGGGGCCCUGCUGGUGGUCGCCUCGCUCAUCGACAAGCCUACCAAUUUAGGAGGUCUGUGCAGGACCUGUGAGAUCUUUGGUGCCAGCGCUCUGGUUCUGGACAACCUCCGCCACGUCAGCGACAAACACUUCCAGUCCCUGAGCGUCUCGUCUGAGCUUUGGCUUCCUCUGUUAGAGGUGAAGCCUGCAGAGCUCGCCGACUUCCUGCAGAUGAAGAAGAGUGAAGGUUACUGUAUCGUCGGAGUGGAGCAGACCGCCAACAGCCAGAGCCUGCAGGACUACCAGUUCCCCGAGAAGACGCUUCUACUCCUCGGUAACGAACGAGAAGGAAUUCCCGCCAACUUGCUCCAGAUGUUGGACGUGUGCGUGGAGAUCCCUCAACAAGGCAUCAUCCGCUCGCUCAACGUGCACGUGAGCGCCGCGCUGCUGAUCUGGGAAUAUACACGGCAACACCUCACCUCAAGUUCAACUCCAGCUGACUGAAAAUUAAAAAGAAAAAAAAGACAUCAUGCAGCAACAGCUUGGCCUGAAGGACACGACUUCCAAUCCUCCUGCAUGAGAAACAUGAAGACUGCUCCACACAGUCUGUUACCGUGGUCAGCGGGCCUCAAGAGGACACUUUUCAUGCGCUUUAAUGAGAGUCAUGAAUAGUGAUCGGCUUUGGUUAUUGCAAUUUUAAUAUUCCAGCGGGCAUGCCGUGAUAUUAAUGGAGGCAAUCUGAGUAUCAGUGGAGCGGCAGCAUUAACAGGAAUGUUCUCAUUUGAGGAGGAAAAGUGUCUUAUUUAUGUGAGCAAUUAGUUUUUGCCUCAGAGCAGCAGGACUGGACUAUAAUCUCCACACCCAGGAGAAUAUCAUUCACAUAUAUAUAU